AUGUCGACCUCUGCAAAUAGGUUUCACGAGCUAUUUCCACCAACAUUAGACCUUUACCCACAUCCUCCCGUUGCUAACAUGUUGGUUGAAGGCCAUCCGGAACGAUUCGGUACUGACGAGGAGAAUUUUCGCGCGGAUCUACUGGGUUAUUUAAACCGUGGUGUUCUGUCUCCUAAAUGGCAUAAAGUUACAGCAAAUUCUCGUGUGCUCCAAGAACAUCCUCAGUUUCUGCGUCCGCCUCGAACAACGAAGUGGCUUGAGUCCAGUGGUCGGAUUCCCCCAGAUGACACCCGAACGUACAUUAUAAUUGUUGUCGCGCGCAACACUCGAGUUGAAGGAAUGCGAUUGUUCGAGGAAAAUAGUGCGGCAUUAAUUCAAGCUGCAAUGGAGAGCAUCGAAUUUCCUCCAGAAAAGCGAGCUGAGCUGAGAUGGUAUAGAUUUGUGUAA